ACUUGGCAUGCAGAGCUGAAUAAAACCACCAAUUCCAAGCCACCACAUGUUUCUGACUAGUGAGAGAGAUUCUUCUGCUUAAAUUUCUGUGCAGCUCUGAGAGUUUGUUUUGCUAUAGUUAUUGCUGCUGAUCAUCCUUGACCUGGUCAUUUGGAGUGGACAGCGGACUUCAAGAAGAGGAGGAAUGGGGUUUAGAUAUAAUUAGCAUCCUUAUAAAUACAAUUGUGGUAAUGUUUCAUGUACAAGUUUUCUCCUUUUUUCAUCACUGUGUGUGAUAUCUAUGAAUCUUCCACAGCUUUAGUGAUGUCACCUCAGGCAGUCAAAGCUGAGUGAGGCUUAGCAUAGUGAGAAAUCACGAGAUUUUUUGGAAAGCAGCAAUUGCGCUUAUAAUGCAGCAGAUACUAGUACACUUGAGAGAGAGAGAAAAAAAGGAAAUGAUGGCUUGUAAGCUUCUUACAAGCAUCAAUAAAUGCGGCUAAGCAAAUAGACUGUGGUGAAGAAGAAAAGUGAAAAGAAAAAGCCGGAGACGAUUCGAACCAGUGAUUUAUACAAGUGAAACUGAAACUUUUUUUUUUUUUUGCUUCCCAUGACGUCAGUGAUGCCAGUGAAAGACCACUGCUCAGCAUCCACACACAACCACACCCAGCCUGAGGAACACGAGCAGGUGUUAGUGAAGAACCGAGUGCUGUGGCUAACAUUACAUAAACAUUGGUCAAUACCAUGGAUACUACCAAGACUGCUGCUGACUCCAACACCAACAAUGAUAACAAGGCUGCUUGCAGCACAGAACAUAUUGGCCCUGAUGGUGAAUCUAGCUCUGUAGUGAUUGUUGAAGAAACGAAAAAAUCCAAAGGUGCAAUAGGUUUAUUAACUCGCAAGAUAAAGACAAAAAAGGCGUCCUCAAAAUCUGAUCCAGAUAAUAAGGGAACCGGUGGUGACCCUAGUUCCGUAGUGAUGGUUGAAGAAACCAAAAAAUCCCCAAGACAUUCUUCACGAUAUAUCCUACAUCACAUGUUAAAGAAAGCAGGCAAAAAACAUUCCUCAAAAUCUAGCUCAGAGCAUGAAGGGACUGCAAGUGAUUCUGUUUCAAUAGUGAUGGUUGAACAACCUUCAAAGUCCUUAAGUGGCUCUGCAAAACAAUUCCUAAAUUUCACAUUUAUGGCAAAAAAGUCAGGAAAAAAACAUUCCUCAAAAUCUAAACAAGACCUCUUGGAUUUCAGUCAGAAUCUGGAACUGGGAUAUUUGGUGGAGGCUAGUCAGCAACUUUUAGACAGGGAAAAGUGCUUCUUCAUCUCGCAGUAUUCAUCUACGGAGGUCAUUUGCACAGAAGGUGAUAAAGAUGACUUGAAGAAGGACUAUGACAUUCUGAUGGAUCAUUUGAAGAAGGCUGUUCAUGAUUCCUUUAACAUAGACACUCAGGAGAUACUGAGAAGUGCCAUAAUAGCUAUAGUUGAGCAGGAGGAACAAGACAAGCUCUGGGAAGAGGCAGCAGAAGAGGCCCCGUCUUGGCGACCCAUGAGAUGUCAUGACACAAUAGUUAAGAAGGUAGUGGAGGAACGACUGCAGCAAAUAGAUGAAGACAACAAUGACCCAGAUAUCCUGAAAAGAGAGGUGGUACGGAUAGGCAGUGUCAUUCAGAAUGACCUUCUUCAGGUUGUCAAUCAUGUGCAGAGAUGUUACUCAGAAUGUUACUCAGAUUUCAACGCAUGCAACAUGUAUGCUCAGCUCUAUCACCAGGCUUUCUCAACAACGCUCAGGAAACUUCGACAAUGCAGCGUAACCAUGGAGGAUUACAGAUUCAUACUGCAACAAAUAAACAGUUUUUCAAAGGACAUUUUGAAUCAAGACGAACUGAAUCCACACAUCAACACUGAAUCAUUAGGAGCUUUGUUACCUGAGGAAGAUUCUAAGGCACUGGUGGAACAAUAUCUGUUACUCAAAGAGAAUGAAGUCAAGUCUUGGUUGUCCAAUGCUCUGAAGUUAAAGGAGGCAGACUGGCAGGCUAAUAAAAAACCUGAACUUAUUGAUGAAUAUUAUUAUUGCGAUCUUGCUUUAGAUGCUAUAGGGGUUGUUGAAGGAGGUGUAAAAGAGGUUGAAAUCAUUCUGGGAAAUGAUAAAGCACAGCGAAUUUUGUUGCAAAUGGACAGCUUCCUAAUGAGUUAUAAAAACUCAAUGGAGGAAUUUCUUAAAAACCAAGAGAUGGACAUGACUGAAAUCGUGAAAUCCCAGCUGUACAAUAUCAAUAAGAUGAGGGACUAUAUAGAAAAUCAAGAGGAGCUUCUAGGUGAAAUGAAAGUAGCCUGGCUGUCAACUGUAUCAGAGCUGAGAGACUCCUGUCACAGUUACCUCCUCAUCCCCAUACACAAGGAGCUCAUGGCAUCUUACCGUAAACUGUGGACUCCAGCUUGGUUUUCAGAGCAUGAAGUAAUUAUUGAUGAACUAGAGGAUACACUGAAUGAAAAAAUGGAUUCUUUCAAGGACCUACACCGUGAAUGUCAAAAGGAGCUGUUGAGUCAGCUGCAUUUUGAGGUGAUGAUCGAAUAUGUCAGGAGAAUGUUAAAACGUAAACUAAAACUACAAAACAAGGAGAAACAGGAGGCAGCUGCAUGCUUUCUGUGUCAGGACAGUGAUCGAAUCAGCAUACUGUUUCAACAACAUGGAUCUGAGAAGGAAUGGCUAUCUGAAAUUUUGCCCAGAGUUUCAGAAGUGAUAAAGGAACAAGAUCCGGAAAGCCUUGAGCUAGAAAUCUGUGUGCUGUUAAAACACCAUCCUGACCUCAGUGCACAGCAGGUCUUUCAGCUCUUGAAGCUGAAAAGCAGAUGUCCAGAUGCGCGCAUGGUCAGAGAGUGCUACCAUCAGACUAUGAACAAUCUGGAAGAGUCUGAGCCAAAUCCAGCCUUCUUCUGCCAUGUGCCUAGGAAUAUCUCAAUGAGAUUCUAUUCUUGUUUCUGCAUGCUCCCCUUUUAUUUGAAUGAAGCACGUACAUGUAGGAAAUAAUAACAACUACUCUUUCAUGAUUGUCACAACAUUCAAGCAGCCAAGGUGACCAAGUUCUACAAUUAGAUGUACACAGUUAAAAUUUAGAAUAGAAUUUAGAAUUAUACAAUGUUUGUUUACAGGAUUAAGCAAAAGCAUAGCUAAGAAUUAGCAUAGCCAGUCUACCUACUGGAAUGUUUUUAGGAGGUGAGAUAACUUGGGCAAACCCACAUGGACACAGGGAGAACAUUAAAUUACAUUUCACAAAUUCCAUAUUUGUACACUGCUAAAAUUCAGUUUUAUGCACAGAUUUAGUUCAUAUAUUUGACCCAACAAUAUUAAUUUAGCUGUAAGCUGCAUCUGAGCAUGCAAUGUGAAAUGAAUGCAUAUUUGCCUCUAAAACCUUAAUGUGCUGAUACCUAAAAAAUCUCAAACCUAAAAUACCAUGUUUAGCUCUGCGCAUUAGCAUAUCGAAUCGUUUUUACACACAUAACAAUUAAGCUGUGAUUGUCUUGUGAUGUGAUGCUGUCUGUUGGUAAGAAAACUUGCACAUGUGCCAUGUGACUGAGCUCGUGCUGUGGGAAUAUGACUCACUAGCGAGCCAGAGGAUUCAUUUCUUUGUGAAAAAUUCUCAUGCCAUUUGCCAAAUUCUCUGCAUGGUAUAAAAUUGCAACAUUGCAUCUGGCUCUGCAGAUUUUCCUCUCUGCUAACGGUUAAAGUUAUUCUCAUCCUUCAGCACUUGACUGACUCACUGCUCACAGAUAGAACAUUGAUGAUGUUUUAAGUAUUGUUUGGGUUGCUGCAUAUAUGUGAGAUUCUAAAAUCACAGCAAGUAAAGUGGUUUCCUUUAAAUAUUGUUUUUACCUUAUAAAACUUUAUUUAUACUGUUUAAACAUCCGUGAUUAAGGCUGCCAUUAAUUACUCUUCUUUCAAGAGAAAAGUCAAUCAUAUUUCAAACUGCAUGACUGAAAAAACAGCAUAAUAAACAGAAAUUGGUGUGUAUUCAGAAAACAUAGGUGUUGUUGUAUGAAUGUGAAAUAUGUGCUAAUAUCGUUCAUAGUUUCAGACAAGCCAGGUAAUAUUACUGUAGCAUAAUGGCCAACGAACAAUGAAUGAAUGAAUAGUUUACAUUUACCUAUUUCCCUUUCUUUUGGGGAAUAACCUAUUGUAUUAUCUAGAUGUGACCUUCUUCAUUAUGACACAUCAUAUGUGUGAUGGGUUUUAUGUUAUUGCAUAACUCACCGGUCAUAUGCUUUGCUUUUGGGUUUUUUUUAUCACUAUUAAAUGCGGAUGUGAAUGUGUGCAUAAAUAAGUGUGAACUAAGUGUGUUUACUUAGUGAUGGUUUUAGAGGUCAAUUUAAGUUGCAUUUCUCAUCACUGUUUUUAACUGGAACUAUACCAUGCAUGAUUGUUAUAUUGUGUA